AGAGACAACGCAACUACAUCUCUGCCCCUGCCUCCUCCUCACAGCGUUGGUCGCCAUCCAUCCCCUCUCCUCCUGUACCAUAACAGAUGGUGGGAACAUUGCAUCCGCCGGGUACCACAACACUUGACCGCAGCAUCCAGUCCAGACAGCGCUGGCCUUGCACCAUCAUGCUCCUAGUGCAGGACUGCAUGAGGCUGUGAGUGCCGUCGUGAUUCAUUUCACGCGGUACCAGCACCACCACGGCCACGGAGGAACCUUCUUGCGAUUGUUUGGGCUCUCCAUCGAACGGGGGAAGAUGGCCGCUAUGAAAAUAUUAACAGGCACAGGGCUCUUCUUGGCUUUCUGUGCGCUCGGGCUGCUCGCCAUGGCGAUUUGCACCGAUUAUUGGUACGAGACCGACGCGAGGAGACAUCGAGAGAGGUGUAAAAACUAUGCCAACAAGCGAAACGAUCCAGGGUACAUCUACAUUUCGAACCACAACCUCCCCCUCCAGAUGCCUCCAAAGAGCCUGGAGAGGAAAGGUAACGGCCCAGAUGCUGGAGCUCUCAUCAGGGGGAAGCGGCACUUUCUGGCCGCUGCGUCUGCCAUGGAGUCUCAUUGCAGUCGGCAGUUUAACUCCACCGUCUCCGGGCUGUGGAGGAAGUGUCACCGGGAGGGAUUCGAUCUGGAGACCGAGGACCUUAUUUACAAAGGAAUAAUUCAAAGAUGUACCCCAGUCAAGUAUCACUACUCUUCGUCCAUCCUACCACGAAAUUUACCCAUCAACAUCACAAAGACCAUACGACAGGAUGAGUGGCAUGCACUGCAUCUAAGAAGAAUGACGGCUGGGUUUGUGGGCAUGGCCGUGUCCAUCAUUCUAUUUGGCUGGAUCAUUGGAGUGCUGGGAUGCUGCCAGCAGCAUGACCUCAUGCAAUAUGUAGCUGGGCUACUAUUUCUCAUGGGAGGAACAUGCUGCAUCAUCUCUUUGUGCACAUGCGUGGCAGGAAUCAACUUUGAGUUAUCCCGCUACCCCCGCUACAUGUACGGCCUCCCUGAGGACAUUAGCCAUGGCUAUGGCUGGUCCAUGUUUUGUGCCUGGGGGGGCCUCGGUCUCACAUUGCUGGCUGGCUUCCUUUGCACCUUGGCCCCCUCCCUGAGCACACCCGCUCGCACAACGACCCACAAGCCGAGGCAGGAGAAUGGAACCGUGUGACGGAGGCGUUGUGAAGCGACUGACCCACCGAACGCACAAACCACAUCCUUCCAACCUUGAUGUUUAACUCUGAAACAGUUUUUUGUCUGAUCACAAUCUCACACCACCCACGACAUCGCCAUCUCCCUUCAGUGUUCAGUGUGCCUGAGUUGUGACAGAAGGAGAAAAGUAAUGACAAACUUACACACCUAAUCUCGAAAAUCCCAGAGGGAGCUUCAGGAAAACCAAGACUAACACCUAGAGUAAUGUACGACUGGGAUAUGGCUCUCAUAGCACAAAAAAGACACUGUUGACAGUUUGACAUGCUGAUUUUAUGGCGAUCUAAAGGUGACUGUUUUCUCUGAAGAGAAUUUGUCUUAAAAUGGUGCUCUCUUAAAUACAUAAAGCCACACACACUUCCAUGCAGCACACACACACACACACACACACCAGCACAUGCUUUUCCACACAUGCUCAAUUACUCGGGAUGAAUUAUGGGAGACGUCCUCCAAAAGGAAAUGAAAACACAGACAUCAUACCAGAGCGUCUUGUCAGCAUUCCUCAUUCAGUUAGGUGUUAUUCUACCUAAAGAAAAAAAAAAUCUGGCACUGACUGCCCAUAGCUUAUCUUUAGUGUAGCACACUAACUGAUAUCAACCAUGAGCCCCAGGGUAACACCUGCACCCUCUGCAGAGCACAACAUGGAUCGAUUAGCGUGGUCAGUACGAUAAAAUACACUAGUGGAGUAAAUUUGCAUUGAAAAGAAAAUCAUUUGAUUCUUCUUUAAAGAUUCUAUAUGUACAAAUGCAACUCUAUGUAGAUCCAUAUCAUUGUUUGUGUAAAGUAGAUUUUGAAUACGAAUGUUUGUUUUUCAGUUUGUUUUAAAGAGAUGAUGGCUGACAGUAGGAUAGGAUAAAGAGUUACAGGGAUCUAUAAGAGCAUGACCCCAUUAUUGGAUUCAGCAACGUAAAGAUAUUUUGCGGUUCCAAACUGACAGACACAACCUGUUGUUUGCUGACGAGAGCAAAACAAGAAACCAAACUGUGGAGGAAGUAUUUGAUUGCUCCAUUGUUUACCUUCAAUAUUGGUCAGCCUUUUUGUGUAAUACAAGCAAGUUACGCACAUUUUAAAGGAAAAAAGAUGCAACUUCUGUGUUCCGUUAAAAACAAAAGCACAAAUCAUAAUCUGCACUAAGUACAGUAACACGGUAACAUCCCACAUUAGAGGGCCAAAGUGUCAUCUUGUCUUGACUAUUGUCUCAGCACGGCUGAAACAAGCAGAAUAUGGAAGAUCAUUUAUGAGAUGGACAUCAUUGUUCCCACAAUGCAGUGCACACAGGAAAUGAAGAAGCUUGUUAUAUAUACACUUGGAAGUAAAAUUCCAUAAAACAAGUUUGAUUUAAAAGUUCAAGAUGGACAAGGCAUUCCAAAUUCCCAGUUUGAUUGAUGUGUUGAACACAUCUUGUAUCAUUUCUUGAGCAGUAAAACAUGUAUUCACUCUGUACUAAGUUACAUAAUAGCACAAUGUGUGUUACCUAGUCUGAAUAUGAUUCAAUGGUUUAAAUUAAAAAUACCUCCAAAUCUGGAAUAAAAAAAGCACAAAUAGUAAUUUAAGAAUGACAGCAUGCAGUAAUGUAUGUUAAAGCUGUAAUUCUGUCUACAAUUUUUUGUGUAUUUAGCUCACACAUGGAAAAUGACCAAAUGAAGUGUUCUUAAAAUCACAGGUAUAAAAUGGUUUGAUUUUUAAGUGUUGUGUUAAUGGACAACAUUUGGAAUACAACAAAAUAAAGUAAAACAUUCUUGGAAAAAUAUUUUUUAUUUAAAAUCGGAAGUGCCAUUUUAAAAUUGACAGUUGGAUUAUUCUGUGGUGCCCAUUUUGAAUUGUGUGUUAUUAGUACAAAUCCGUAAGAUACACCAGUUUUUGUGUACUAACUU